AAAAAGGUUUAAAUGAAGAAGGUGAAAUGGAUGCAACCGAAAAAAGAGAAAUGAAAGAUUUAGCAAAAGCAAUCACUCCGAGAAGACUGAAUAAUAUGGCACCCCGGCUUGCAGCUGAUGCUUAUGAAGCAAUAGAGAGCUAUUUUAACAAUUCAAAGAGCGCUUCGAUCGAUCUACAGCAGACAUAUUACCCACUGGUGUUUCGAUUCACAGUUCGUAUAAUGGGAAUGGCAGAAUAUGCAUCUUCGCCAAAAGAAUUGGCUAAAUUGAUCAACGCAUUUUGGCUUACCCAAAAGAAUUCAGGAUAUUGGACAACAAUUUUACCAUGGUUACCGCAACCUCGACUGCUCAAACGAUUAUACGGAGCUGUGACUCUCUGGACAAUGGUUCGUUCAACGUUGAACAAACGAAUUCAAUCAGGUAAUCGUGAAGAAGAUUUCGCACAAGAUAUGAUCGAUCAAGGUCAUCCUGCAGGAACGAUUAGUAGAUUUGUCAUUGGUGGUUUGAUUGCUGGUAUCUUGAACACAAUCGGAACAGGUGCUUAUUCGGUCGCAUUCGUUGGUGCUGAUGCAGCUCUACAAAAACAAUGUCGUCAAGCUGUCAAUGAUGGCAUUCGAAGAGCAUGUGAAACACAUGGUGAAGAUUUUGAAAACUUGACACCAUUAGAACGACUACAAACAGUACGUUUAGAAGAUUGGGAACAAUUUGAAGAAUUUGAAAUCUUACAUUUGGUUUUCAAGGAAUCGAUUCGGUUAAUGUUGACAAACUCAUUGAAUCGGUAUUACCCUGGUCCUACUCGCAACAAGGAUGGCUCUUUGCGUGAAAGGUUGGUAAUCGAAGGUCAUGAGAUCGAAGAUGAUGUCUAUAUUUGCUUCUCUCCUCCUUCAAACUUACACGAUGCUAAGGAAUACCCAAACCCUUUCAGCUUUGAUCCUAUGCGUUACAAACGUGGUGAAGGUCAAACGGAUUAUAAUUUCAUCGCAUGGGGAGCUGGUUAUCAUAAAUGUACUGGUCAGCGCUUUGCCAAGUUGGAAACUAUUAUUGCAUUGGCAUCAUUCUUGCUAUUCACAGAUGAACUCAAAACAACGGAUAAUAAUGGUGAGCCUUAUUCGUUGGCGCGCGUACCUUUACCCGAUCUCAGUCAAGCACAUUGGAGAAGUCCUACAAAGCCAAUGAGAAUUCAAUUGUUACGUAAUCAUUCCAAAUAGAUCUUUCUCCCUCUCUUCUUCCUUUUCAAAGAUACCCAUUCAAUGUAUACAAUUGUUUAUCUCUACCUCAUUCGUGACGUCAAUUAAAGGAAAAAAAAGAAAUGAUGCAGGAUUGUACUAUUUUACUGUAUUGAGAUUCGAUGCUGCGAAAAUUGCUACUAUUUGGAUGUCG